UUUGAUCUGUUGUGUAAAAUUAAAUGAAAAAUGGCCGGGAAGAUGGCGGCGGCAGAGUUAAAACAUGAUAAUGUUUCAUCUUAUGAAACUGUGAAGAGAAAUGUAUCGACAGUGACACUACAUAGAGAAAUAGAAUGUUAUCAAUUCCGAUUGUUAGACUUAUUUUACUAUUUGACUUCUGUCAGUUUUUUUUUCAUGGACUUAGCAACAGAUAGUAUUAUAUUUAUGGAAUACUUUUUGCAAGGCCAGUUUAUUUGGGGAUGCUUUGCUUUGAGUUUUACAAUUCUACCUGCAGGUGUUAUUCAGAUGUUUAGCUUGAGAUGGUAUCACAGUGAUGGUUCUAUUAAAAGUAUACAUUGGGCAUUACAUUUUUUGUUCUUAGGAGUAUUACACAGGUAUUUAAUUUUACUUUACGCUACAAUAUAUUCGUUAAGGAGCAAACGAUUUGUGAAGGAUAAAAAUUGGGUAUAUAGACAGGAAAGUGACAUAUGCAUGCUACACUUAUUUGAGUCUUUUAUGGGAGCUGCUCCGCAAUUAAUAUUGCAAUUAUAUGUCAUGGCAGUAUUACAUCGUACACCACCAUGCACAAGUUUAUCUGCCAUGGUGUCCUUUUGUUCUUUGAGCUGGGCUAUCGGUACAUACACAAGAGCAAUGCAGAAAAUAAACCCAGGUCAUAACGAAGCCACAUGGGUUGUAUUAACUCUACAAGGUCUCUGGCGAGCUGGAAUGCUAAUAUCUAGGAUAGCUGUGUUGGUUCUAACAGCCCUUUGUCUAAGAGAAUGGUCUUUAUUGUUUCUUGGACUCCAUUGGCUGUUAAUGACCAUUUGGGUGAUUCUUCAGAACACAGACUUUUGCCCUACCGUUUGGGAAGAACGUAUUUAUAAUUGUAUCAUAGGAUUUAUUUAUUGCUUCGACUUUUUCAAUUUGCGCGUAGGCAAGUCUCGGUACAGAGUACUUGUUUUUUAUUCGAUCAUCGUGACAGAGAACGUGGUGUUCUUAAUCGUGUACGUAUUGUGUUUCAAAGAUGCUAUAAAGUCUGAGGAGAUAGCGAUAAUAACGAGCUUGAUAAUCGGAGGGAUGAUGAUCGGCUUGUCGAGUAUGCUAGUUUAUUACGGAAAAUUUCACCCGUCGAAGUUCGGAGACGCGUCUAAGAGGAACGACGAGAAGAGGUCCGAGAUGGUAACCAACAAAGCCGCCACUCCUAGAUCUUUCAAACAGUAUUAUCCGAACACGUUCGCAUCCUCGUCCUGUUCUAUCGAUCGCUCUCAAGUGGCCACCUCGGAAGAAGCCACGACGGACAAACAAUUUUUGUUAACAAACAUCGUGCAGAACUCGGAAUGCGCGGAAAGCGGCGUCGCGAAUCAAAGCUGCACCACCGAGAACGAAUCGCAGACUGCCGUUUGCGUUGUGUCCGAAUGCGAGUCGGCGCACAGCAACUUUUCAAAAGACAAGAACAUUUCAUCGAACGCAUUAGCGAAGAACGCUUUUCCUGUAUCGGAAAAGGACGAUGAGUGCAACGACGCCAAGGAGGACGUUCAUCGUCAAAAACGUAGAGGCAUUUGUUUACCAACGACGCACGGUUUGGACAUAGACAAAGAUGUAUCCACGGAAGACGACUCUUGUCUCCCGUUGCAAAAGAGACGGGCGAUCUGUUUCUCGACCCGGCUGAUCCUGGAGAUGGAGGACAACUCGGAGGAGAAGGUUGCUGGGGAUAAGAAACGCGACGAGUUAAAGGAACGUUCUCUCGCCGACGUAUGCGACGAUCUGAACGGUAUCGCCGUACUGAGGGACAGAUUGAAAACACCGACGAUGUUCAACAACGCUUGCGAGAAAAUUUCCGAAACGGAGAAGCUGUCGAAAGACGAGACAAUGAGCUGCGUUACCUCAAUACACGAUUACGAGAACGUUUGCCCGUUAGGUGUAGCCAGACCGCCCUGGUGUAUACGUAGUUGGAAGGGUUACACGGACAUAGAGACCUACAUCCACGACGACAGCGUGGUCAGGGACAGAAGGAGAGACACUUUAACGAGCACCACCACCGGCACCACUUACAGUUCCGAGUUUUCCGACACUACGUGCGCCAGUUCGCUGUUGCGAGGAAUUCUGAAGCAAGACGACUACCUGGACACGCUCGCGUACGAUUUGAUAGAUCCUCGGGAAUCGAAGACCAUCUACACCGAGGAUGUCCCUGGCAAACGGGCCUCCGACAUGGACGAACAAAACUCGAUGCUUUACAUCGCUAAACCGGUGGUGAUCGACGAGAAAGGCGGAAUGUUCGCGUUGGACACAAUCUUGGAGGAGCACGACGAAAUCUCGACGGACGAGUACGCUCGACCGGGUUGCGAUUCGGUCAGCACUCUGGUGAACACGAUAGAUCAGAUUAGGAAGUAUACGGCUGAGAAUUCACCUAGACACGUGUACCAUACAACCGGUACGCAGUGGGAGGAUUUCGAUCCGAAGAAUUUAAUCAAGAAGGCACAGCUGACCAGAGCGUUGUUCAAGAACGAUCUGAAGGAUUCUGGUCCCUGUAACGGGAAUUAUAUUAAUCGUUUAGACGACUCGGAGGCUGUAGUCCGAGGGAAGUGCGAGAUAGACGCUAUUAAGGAUUUAGUAAGAUAUUGUGCUAUAGAAUCGAUCAGGAAGACACCGUUGAUUGACGCGAUACUGUCCGAUUCGCCGAUUCUAGGAAACAAAGCGAAGCUGCAGAAGCAGCAGGUUUCCAUCGCUUAUAGAAAAGACGAGGAGUCGAAGGAGAAUGAUCUGUACGUUGAGAUGAGUCCUCUGGUACCUGUUGAAAACAUUAAGGUUGUACAUAAUAAUUUAUCCGAGCCCCCUGUAUCCUGUAACGUAACGCUCGCUAAGCCUGUCGAAGAUAAAUCUCCGGACACCGUGGCAAAUAUUUCCCCGCAGUCGACGAAGAAUCAUCGGGACGGGGAGAGGUUCGAAGCGAGCUGCGAGAAGCGUAGAAAAGCUAUCAACUUUCCCAGACGAAAGUUUUCUCUGUUGAAAGAAAAGUUCGAGUCGAAAUCGCAGCUGGUAUACGUUGUCACGCCGAACAACGCUAUUAAAAUUGGACAACCAGCCGUCUCCGCCGACUCGGAGGCGUCGAAGAGAAACGUAUCGAUGAUCUUGAAGAAGACGUCCGACUGUACGAGGCACGAUAAAGAAAAUUUAGCUCCUAUCGGUCGUGCCAAACGUACCUCGUCGAACGACAGAUCUCAGGUAAACGGAGAGAAUACUGACUUGAUCUACGAGAACGACAAGUCUUUGUGCAAUAGUGAUUUAAAUUUAAAAGAGAGAAGGCAUAUAUUCUUGGAGCAGGUUCUAUCGCCACCGAAACUUUUGACCUGGAACAAAAGAAAAUCCCUUGGCGGGAGCAGCGUGAAAAAGUUGUAGGAUUAAUAGUUUUAAGUAUCAGAAUAUACUCGUUUCGUAGGGUAAAACUUUUUUACGAAAGUGAUAUUUAGUUUUACAUUAUAAAGUUUCUAUUUUUUUACCGUGUUUUAUCGAUUAGCUUUUGUUCCUGUUGGAAAUAAUGUUGUACAUUUAUCUUAAAAUCGAUCAUGACACGAUGACAAAUUUCUCAAUAUACAUACGUGUAUAAAUCGUUUUUUAUACUAUCGAGACAAUUCAAUUGAAACUAGUAUUGUGUUUUUUUUUUU